AUGCUCCGAUCCCUCGUCGGCUUUUCGCUCGUCGCUGCGGCGUCAGCUCAUCAGAAUCUUCAUCAGUUCUGGGUUAACGAUGUGUCUCCCGGUUACCAGGUCGCGCUGCGCAUGCCGCCCAGCAACAGCCCCGUCACGGACGUGACCAGCGACGACAUGGCCUGCAAUGUGGAUGGCAGCACCGGCGUCGACACCACGUAUGCCGCCUCUGAAGGCGACAAAAUCACCGUCCAGUGGGAUGUCUCGACCCACCCAGGCCCCAUCACCCACUUCCUCUUCGGACCAGUCGACGAUGCCUCCAAGGCAACCGGCAUCGGCGCGGGCUGGUUCAAGAUCGAUGAGCUCGACUACACCAACGGCACCUGGGCCAACGAGGUGCUCCUGAACAACGGCGGCAACUACACCUUCACCCUGCCCACCGGCCUCGAGAGCGGGGACUACCUGCUCCGAUCCGAGAUGCUCGCCCUUCAUGGUGCGCAGACGGUUGGCGGUGCCCAGUUCUACAUCGGCUGCGCUCAGCUCACCAUCACCGGCACUGGAUCCGCCGGCUCGUGCUCUCCCACUAUCUCUCUCCCGGGUGCGUACAGUGCCGAGGAUGACAACAUCUAUAUCCCCGAUGUCUACAGCGGCUUCGACCCCACCACCUACGUCGCCCCCGGAGGCGCGAUUGCCGUGUGCGGCGCCGGUUCCGGGUCAACCCCCGCUACCUCGUCGAGCGCAGCAUUAUCCGCCACCUCCGUCGCAGCAUCUGCUACGGCCGCCGUGAGCGCCGUUGCCGACACCAGCUCUUCGGCC